UCUGUGCAUAGGAGGAGCCUCAGAAGUUAGGACACGUGGGACCGGACAACAGAUGUGAUGGCUUCAGGAAUCCUGGUGGGCAUAAAGGAGGAGGUGACCUGCCCCAUCUGCCUGGAGCUCCUGACAGAACCCCUGAGCCUAGACUGUGGCCACAACUUCUGUCAAGCCUGCAUCACCGCAAACAAAGAUUCCAGGAUUGACCAAGGAGGAGAGAGAAGGUGCCCUGUGUGCCAAAUCCCUUACCAGCCUGGGAACCUGAAGCCUAAUCGGCCCAUGGCCAACAUAGUGGAGAGGCUCAGGGAGGUCCAGUUGAGGCCAGAAGAGGAGCAGAAAAGAGAUCUUUGUGUACGUCAUGAAGAGAAACUCCUGCUCUUCUGUAAGGAGGAUGGGAAGGUCAUUUGCUGGCUUUGUGAGCGCUCUCAGGAACACCGUGACCACCAAACAUUCCUCGUAGAGGAGGUUGUGCAGGAGUACCAGGAGAAGCUCCAGGCUGCUCUAGAGAGGAUGAGGAAGGAGCAGCAGGAAGUUGAGAUGUUGGAAGCUAAUGUGAGAGAGGAGACAACUUCCUGGAAGAAUCAAAUAGAAAGUGAGACACAACGUAUCCAGGCAGGGUUUAAACAACUGAGAGGUAUCCUGGACGAUGAGGAGCAGAAGGAGCUACUAAAGCUGAAGAAUGAGACAGGAGACGUUCUACACAACCUGGCAGAGGCUGAGAAUCAGCUGGUGGAGCAGAGCCAGUUGGUGAGCUCUGUCAUCUCAGAUCUGGAGCAUCGGUUGCAGGGGUCAGCACUGGAGAUGCUGCAGGUAAGACUUGGGAAGAAGCUCUCCAGUGAAGAGUAUUUCAGUGUGUCAGUGGAUGAAAG